CGAGGGUCAGCUGGGGCAGGAGAGGUCCGAGGGGCACCGCAGGCCGCAGCGCGGGGCAUCUCAGUGCUGCAGAAGCGGAGGCGGGGCGGGGGUCCCGGCGGUGGGAGCCCAGUCGGAUCAGGGCGUGGCUUGGAACUCGGCGACGGAUUGGAUGCCAGGGAGCGGGCGGGGUUGGGCCGGGCGGGGGCGCGGACCCUGAGACCACCCGGAGCUUCGCCCAGGCUGUCCGAGGUCACCGCGGGAAUUCUGGUGCAGUGAGUGACUCAGCCCCCGGAAGGCUCGAAACUGCGUGCGUGUGAGCACCGCUUUACCCUGAGGCAUCUGAGUUUGAGACCCUUGCCCUUCCUGUCCUGACCCUCCCCUCUGGCUGCUGCUCCUUCCUGUGCCCUUCCAACAAAUGCCACCUGCAUUGACCUCUCCCUCUGUGCCCCCAGAUGGCCACCAUGGGCCGGUGCUACUACAAUGAGACCAUCGGCUUUUUCUACAACAACAGUGGCAAGGAGCUCAGCUCCCACUGGCGGCCCAAAGAUGUGGUUGUGGUGGCCCUGGGGCUGACCGUCAGCGUGCUGGUGCUCCUGACUAACUUGCUGGUGAUCGCAGCUAUCGCCUCCAAUCGCCGCUUCCACCAGCCCAUUUACUACCUGCUCGGCAACCUGGCCGCAGCCGACCUCUUUGCAGGCGUGGCCUACCUCUUCCUCAUGUUUCACACGGGCCCUCGCACCGCCAGGCUCUCGCUGGAGGGCUGGUUCGUGCGGCAGGGCCUGCUGGACACAAGCCUGACGGCCUCGGUGGCCACACUGCUAGCCAUCGCCGUGGAGCGGCACCGCAGCGUGAUGGCCGUGCAGCUGCACAGCCGCCUGCCCCGCGGCCGCGUUGUCCUGCUCAUCGUGGGGGUGUGGGUGGCCGCGCUGGGCCUGGGGCUGCUGCCUGCCCACUCAUGGCACUGCCUCUGCGCCCUGGACCGCUGCUCACGCAUGGCCCCUCUGCUCAGCCGCUCCUACCUGGCUGUCUGGGCACUGUCCAGCCUGCUUGUCUUCCUGCUCAUGGUGGCUGUCUAUACCCGCAUUUUCUUCUACGUGAGGCGGAGGGUGCAGCGUAUGGCGGAGCACGUCAGCUGCCACCCCCGCUACCGAGAGACCACACUCAGCCUAGUCAAGACCGUUGUCAUUAUCCUGGGGAAGAGUUCCAGGCAGAGGGAACAGAAGGUGAGAGCCCUGCAGGACCGGGCCAGUGCCUCCAAAGAGGAGAGGAGGCCCGUGUGGCUGGAGAGAAGCAGGAGAGAAGGAGCAUUCGUGGUCUGCUGGACACCAGGCCAGGUGGUGCUGCUCCUGGACGGUCUGGGCUGCAAGUCCUGCAACGUUCUGGCCGUGGAGAAGUAUUUCCUACUCUUGGCAGAGGCCAACUCACUGGUCAACGCUGUGGUGUACUCGUGCCGAGACGCUGAGAUGCGUCGCACCUUCCGCCGCCUCCUCUGCUGUCUGUGCCUUCGCCGGUCGCCCCACGAGUCUGCCCGCUAUGCUCCCUCCACCCGAACAGGGGCCAGCACGCGCAUCAUGCUUCCAGAGAACGGCCACCCCCUGAUGGACUCCACCCUGUAGCCAGCCUGGGACUUCAGUGUGCUGAGGCAAAUGCCCUAUUAGAGCCCCCGUCUGCUUGUAAAUGCACCGGGCUCGACCUGAGCUGCCGGACAGACCCUCAGUCCGCGUGGCACAGCUCCCCUGCCAGCCUUCCCUGGGCUCAUGGCUCUGCCUGCCGUAGGGCCUCGGGGCGUGAGGUCAU